UAUUAAAUUUCCUUAAUUGUGUACAGCAUGGAGGGACUAGUGUUGAUACCUGAUGUUACUACUGAGUUACCACGAUGGCGGUGCAAAGUUGUAGUGGUACAAAAACUUAAUACACAAGAAUCAAGGAGAACACCAGGAAAGAAAUAUAAACCCAUAAUAUUGGAGGAUGAGGCUGGUAACAAAGUGCAAGCAAUGUUGUAUGACAAAGACAUUGAUGGGACGAUUGAUAAAAGACUCGAGGUGUCUUCUACAUAUAUUAUAUCUAAUGCAUCGGUUCAAGCUGUCGUAGGUUUUACAAAUUUACCUGAUCCAAAGUACAUGAAUAUUUGGAAUAUAACGAGGAGUACUAUGAUUCAAAAACUUAGUCCUGAUGAGGCAAUUGACAUAUCUGGACAUGUCCAGGCUCAUCUGAGCCCAUUUCACCAUAUUUUUUACUAUUUUUUAUCUCGCCGACCAAUAAGCAUUAUGGCGAUUGUUAUAUACAAGUUACCACGCCAAAUUGUGGUGACCAAAAAUGGCGAACAAAAUGUUCAUGAUUUUGUUGUCAUGAACGAAGAAUUGAAGCCUAUUAUCCUAACACUUUGGGGAACGUUUGCUGUAAACCAAGGGGUUCAACUUGAAUUACAACUUCGGCAAGGGAAAUUCCCCAUUAUACUUGCUGAAGGAUUGAACGUUAAUGCAUUCCAAGGGUUGUCACUGAGUACACUAUAUAACACAUCAAUUGAAGUUGAUCCUGUUAGCCACGUUGCAAAAAUCCUUAAUGAUUGGAAGGACAAAAACUCUGAACUCAUCUACAAGGAAAUUGUAGAUAAGGACAAAAACUCUGAACUCAUCUACAAGGAAAUUGUAGAUAAGACUUACCUUGAUUCAUUGCUUACAUUGGCAGACCCUAUAAGGCAACGAAAAAUAUGCCUUUCAUCUCUUGAAACUGAAUUUGAACAAAAACCAAUUGCAUGGGUGAGAGGCAAAAUUAGAUUGCUUAAGCGUGAUGGUUUCGACUACUACGUUGGUUGCAAUUACUGCAACAAAAUAGUCCACUCAAUUGAAGGCUUACAACUCCACUACAUGAACUGUGGACAAACUGAUGGCAUCACUGUCAGAAGGUAUAAGGUAGACAUAGAAAUAUUUGAUAACGUUGGAAGUGUACGCGCAACAAUGUUUAAUCAUGAGGUGCACCGCCUAUUGUUACUGACGUCGUCCAACAUACCUACCUGUGAAAACGAUGGUGCUAUGCUCCAACAAACACUCGAUAAUCUUGGGCUUGUGUUUGCUCUCAAGAAAAACACCAUAUUCAGUGAACAAAGAACAAAGUAUACAGUAGCGUGUCUGUGCAACGAUGUUCAGCUAGACUUAGGUGAAUCAAAUGAUGGUUUGUUUAGGCAAUCGUUGAUGCUAGGAAAUCCCACGAAAAGAAGGCUUGAUUUUAGCCAAUUAUCGGGAGAUAGUGUAGACGAUUCGCAAGCAAGCAGUCCACCAAAUGAUAAAGGGAAAAAGCCUAAAAUUGGUUGA